CACGUGAGCGUCGCCAUGGUGCCCGAUGAAGCUACAUCGGCCACGUGGUUAGCACUAGUAGCAUCGCUAUGCUGCUGCUGGAAAACCGACAUGAGCAGAAAUGAUAUUUGUCUUCUUCUUGGAGCGACCGGCGUCGGAAAAACGUUGUUGCUGAAACGUCUACAAAAGCUCAGUUUGCAUGGAUUAGGUGAACUGGGGGAACCUCCUUCUACUUUGCCUACAGUAGGAACCAACCUGACAGACCUGACAUUGAAGAGGAAGAAGGUGACAGUGAGAGAGCUGGGAGGCUGCAUGGGCCCCAUAUGGCCGAGUUACUUCAAAGACUGCUUCUCUGUCAUUUUCAUGGUGGACUCGGCCAACAUUGCUCAGAUAUCGUCCUCCUGUAUCCAGCUGCUGUCAGUGCUCUCUGCUGAGCCUCUGCACAGUGCCUCUGUGCUCAUUCUGUUCAACAAGAGGGACAUGCCCUGCACCAUGAGUCUCAUAGAGAUAAGGUCGCUGUUCAGAAUGGAUGACAUCAUUGCAUCUGCUACUCAGCCAAUCACAACACUGGAACUCAGUGCCCGCUCUGGACAGGGACUUCGGGAGGUGCUGAGCUGGCUGGAGUCCAUCAUAGUCAAGUGAACUAUCUAUACUAUAUACAUUUUAAGUAAAGUGAAGCUACUCUCACAGGACUUUGGAUGAUGACUUCAAGCUUUUUGAGAAGAGAUGUCAGUAUCCUCAGUGUGCAAAGACAGUUUACACAUCAUGUUUAAGAGGACUUAAUGUGUUUAAUGUUGGACACUGAAAAACUUGCUGUAUUUUUGGUACCAUAUAAAUAUGGUGACUGUUCAUAAGGGUGGAUGGGGAAAGAGAUGUAUUAGUGAUAUCAUGGCACUACUAAAGUUUGUGACCCGGCAGCCAUGUUGAGAUCUGUUGAAGAAAUACCAAGCACCGCCCACCAGCC